CACAUCACUUCCUGGGCUUUAAAAAACGGGGAAAAAAAAGAGGAAAAAAAAUCCAGCUGAGCAGGUCCUUUCCUGUUGGAGGUUCGGGGCCGUACCCGGGUGUCGCCGCUACCUGCGCCGACACCAUGAAGGCUCAGCCCGCGGCAGCCUCCGUCCUCUGCCUGUGCCUGGUGCUGGCGGCCUGCGCCGCCUCCGCCGCGGGAGGGCUCGGAAAGGGUUUUGGAGAUCACAUUCAUUGGAGAACACUAGAAGAUGGGAAGAAAGAGGCAGCAGCCAGUGGUUUGCCUCUUAUGGUUAUCAUCCACAAGUCCUGGUGUGGAGCUUGCAAAGCUUUAAAGCCAAAGUUUGCUGAAUCCAAGGAGAUCUCUGAACUUGCCCAUAAUUUUGUUAUGGUCAACCUUGAGGAUGAUGAAGAGCCAAAGGAUGAAGCCUUUAGUCCUGAUGGAGGUUACAUUCCCAGAAUCCUCUUCAUGGACCCCAGUGGAAAAGUCCAUCCAGAAAUCAUAAAUGAGAGAGGAAACCCCAGCUACAAGUAUUUCUAUACCAACGCUGAUCAGGUUGUCCAAGGGAUGAAAGAGGCCCAGGAGAAGCUGACAGGUGAUGCUUUCAAAAAGCACCUGGGAGAUGAACUAUAAUGGAUACACUGAAUGAGACCUUUUCAUCACUUCAAAACUGAGAGGAAAUGAUUAAACAGACCAAGAAUGUAGAUGCACUGAAGGGACAUAAUUCCCCUGUCAGCAAUGUUAGGUUAAACCCUGUUUGGAGUUCACACACACACACACACACACACAACAGUUACAGUGUUUUCUCUGCCUGGCAGUUUGCACUGUGGUGGUUCUUUGCAACUGGGUAAUGUGCAAACACAUCUCUGUGUGUUUGAGCAACCACUAAUAUUUGGUGUUAAAAGGGAGGUGUGUAGGGAAAAUGCUAUUUGAGGACAAUGUGAUGGGAAAAGCUAGAAAUAGCCAUCAUUUUGAGACUAAUCAGGGUUGAAUCUCUCUUUUCUCACUGAUAUUAUGUGAUCCAAUAGUUUUUACUGGGCAUUCCCAUCACUGGGGCAUGUUCCUGGGCCAGUUGUUUUCUAGAUAUUCAAAACCAUGAAUUCUGCCACUACACCAAGUAGAAUACAUUUCAUGAAUGUCCAAGUAGCAUGUGAAUUAUCAGCUCUGCAAAUGUAUUUUUGUGUAAAACUGUUGUGAUUCAUCUUUAUUUGCCUUUGGGCAGAAGUUUAACUUUUUCCUUAUGCACUCACCUUUUGAUUGUUCCAUCAAGUGAGGGUGGGUUAUGUUGAAGCUUUAUGGGGUUUCCCCUUUUAUUCUUUGAAUGUUUUUGGCGAAUGCCUUGCCAUCACAUUGUACUGUAUUUUUGUACCAGGGUGAAAAAAUUAAACCUUUUUAAACAUAAGCAUGCAGAGAGUGUUCUGUGGUUAAGGGCAUAGCUUUACAUUUUUAAACAUGGGGGAUAUUUUUGUUUGUGUUGCAGUGAUUAUUAAUGUUCACUGUCACAGCUGAAGGUUUCUCCUUUUUAUAAUUGAAAGACAUAAUUUGUUUUUUCAUGCAAUUACAAUUUAGCCAUUCUUACACUACCCACACUGUUGAAGGCCAAUGUGUUUAUUUACUGGAACUGAAGAGAAGAAUAGAUGGGAGUAAAGUCACCCCUCUUGACCUGCUGGGGACACUUUUUCUAAUGCAGCCCAGCAUGUUGUGGGCUUCUUUGUCACAUGGGUGCAUUGCUGGCUCGUGAUCAGCUUGUUCUCCACCUGGAUUCCCAUAUUCUCCUGUGCAGCAAAACAGAUUUCCAGACUCUACUUGUGCACAGGUUGUUCCCUCCCAGCUGAGGAACUUUGGAUUUCCCUUUCUUGCGCUUCCUGACAAUCCUCUCUGCCCAUUUCUCCAGCCUGUUGAGGUCCUCAGUGGCAGCACAACCAUGUUAGCUGGAUAUCAGCUCCUCUGCCCAGCUUUUCAUCGCCUGCCAGUUUGCUCAGAGUUAGGUGUUGAAAAGUACCAACCAAGGGUACUCCAGUAAUGAUGAGCCCUCUUCAGGCCAGCUGUUCUGCCAAUUUUCCAUCCAUUUCACCGCCCAUUUAUUUAGGUUGUACUUCAUCAGUUUGUCUAUGGGGAUGCUUUGGGAGACAGUGUUGAAAGCCAUAGUAAAGCCAAAAUAAACACCACCUACUGCUUUCCCCUCAGCCACCAAAUCAGUCAUCUCCAGAAAAAACUCCUGUCCAAAAGACACUUGCCAUAACUUCCCAUAACAAACAAGGAGAUAAUUUUCUGCAGAUGUUUAACUGAAGAGCCAUCUGAGGACAUUAGGAGGGGAAAAUUGUUUAUAAUAAU